AUCAACCAAGACUUUGAUGCGUGUUUGUAAAGCAAAAUGUGAUUGGCCAAUUGUUUUUUUCCGACUAAUCAUCUGAUCAAAUGCAAAUUCAUCUAGGCUAGUUCUUCAAAAUGGCCGACGACAGCAAAACAGCAAGACCAUUAGAAUAUUACAGGAAGUUUAUUGAAAAAGAUGUACGACCAGAUGACAGAAAUCUAGAGGAAUUCAGACCAACAAUCUUAAAUAUAGGAUGUGUAGGUACAGCAGAGGGGUCUGCUCUGGUAAAACUAGGCAAUACAACAGUUAUGUGUGGAAUAAAAGCUGAAAUUGCAGCACCAAAAACAGAACAGCCAAAAAAGGGUUUUAUAGUACCUAAUGUAGAGUUAGGGCCCCUGUGCUCGGCUAUGUUUCGACCAGGACCACCAGGUGACCAAGCCCAAGAUCUUAGUAGCUUUAUGAAUGAAGUUGUUAAGCAUUCAUGUUGUAUUAACACUGAAGAUCUUUGUAUUGUUCCAGGAAAGUAUGUAUGGGUGUUGUACUGUGAUUUAGUGUGUCUGAAUUAUGAUGGUUAUGUCACAGAUGCCUGUGUACUAGCUUUACUGGCAGCUUUUAAAACAACAUGUUUACCAACAGUGACGAUGGACGAGGAUACAGAUAAGUUAGAGACAGAUGAUAACAAGAAAUCUCCCCUCUCUAUACAAUGUCUACCAGUCUCAUCUACAUUCACUAUAUUUGAUGAGAACAUAUUACUGGUAGACCCAACUAUAGAGGAAGAGGCUCUGUCAACAGGGGAGGUAACUGUGGUAACUACAAAUGAUGAUCAACUUUGUAUAAUAAGAAAACCAGGUGGAAGUGCAUUAUCACCCCAGCAACUAGAUUUGUGUAUAGAACGAGCAUUUCUCCGCAGUAAACAAGUUGUGCGAUUAAUUCAUGAAACUAUGAACAGUGUUGAUAGAUAACAUUAUGGACUCUCAGAUUUGUUGAAAAUAAACGUUUUACUGUAAA